AUAUAAAUUAAGUUAGCAACGGUUAGGAUUUUAGAUAAUGGAUUCAUUGCGGAAAACAUUCAACACGUUGUUCAGUCGAAACAACGCGACUGCCGAGGACAAUGAGGAGUUGAAUCCACAGGAGAUGUUGGAUUUAAUGCAACAACAACAACAGAGGCAGUCAACGGAUGAAGAUGACAAUCAGAAUGAUAACAAUGCCUCAUCCUCAUCCAGAUAUAAUGUGACCACAUCGGAUCCACCAGCGGAUACGGGUCCAAUGCUGACAAUGCCCGUACAAUUGCCCGCUAAUGCCAUGUUUAUUGGAGAGACAGGACCAUCGAUAAAUUAUCAUGUGGAAUUUCUGAAUUUCAUCGAUCGCAAUGCACCGCAGGGUUUCUCGCAAAAAUUUGAAAAUCUAUUGCCGUAUUUGGCUCUUGGCCUUGUCACCUGGCCAAGUUAUUGGCUAUGGCGUGGCUAUCAAUGGCAGACACGACGACGCACUGAGCGCAUUGGCUUAUACAUCCAGAGAACCUUUCAGCAUGCCAAAUUAAUGCAGUUGGCCAUAUUGACCGUUGGUUUCUUUAUGGCCAAUGUGCCACGCUCUUCUAGUAGCGCAUAUGAAAUCCAUGAAGUUAACUACAAUUCGAAUCAGCAAUCAACGGAUAAUGACGAUUAACAACAAAGCAGGCUCUGAUCCUAAAAUAAGUUUGUGUGUAACAAAAAAAAAUCUCAAAAUUUUUUCAGAACUGUUGGAACAACAACAAAAACAUUUAGUAGCAAAAUUUUCAGGUUUAUUAAAUUUCAAUAAAAUGGGUGUUACGGACUUCAUUGAGAGCGUUAAGAGAUGGACGGUGGGUCAGCUCGAUCGCACGGACAAAGAGGAAGAGCACGAGA